AUGAAGAAUUCAUGUUUCUGGAGAGCUUUCGCCCUUGUGGCUAUCAUUUUCUGCCUGGAAGUUGUAAAAGGUAAGAAAGUAGUGAUAAUAAUUAUGUACAAGUACAUCACCAAACUUCGAAAGAAGCAUGGAAUACCUAAAGGCAGUUUUCUUUUUUUCACGACCUGUGAAAGAAAUUACGAAAAUCAAAUCUCGUCAGCGUUAGCAUCCUGUAAAGUUUUUCUCAUUCUUUCGCUUAAAAUCGUCUCUUUACGUUCCCUUAGCCGGGACGCAAUCAACCGCUCUUUCACAUCCUCUCUAGAAAGGCUAAAAUUGAGCUAUCACAAAACCAAUUGGAAUUGAUCGAUUGAUCGGUUUAUUAGUCAAUCAACUGAACCUGACACAAAUCAAAUAACACGACCAAACGAAAAGUGCACUAAAGUACCAAUCAAUAAUUUUCCUUUUCCUCUUGGAGGACCUAAAAACAAAAUCUUUUAUUUAGUUUUCAUUUUCUGAAUAGAUCUUCUUAAAACUGAACAAAUUCAGUUCUUUUUACCAGACUGCAAACUGAAACAUAUUUCGAGCUACAGAUGUAUUGACGUUCUUGAUCCGUUGUUGGAAACUACAGUAGAACUGAAAACCUGUUUUAAGGGAUACCCUUUAGUACAAAAUAAUCUCUCAGAAUAUAAAUUCAGAAGAAAAUAUCUCAGUUGUAGAAUGUUGGUAUUUAUGUGAAGCUACGAAGCAUAUUUUGCAAAACUUACGACGUUCUAUUUAAUAUUCACGACAGCUAUUCUGUGACUUUUUAUAGGAUCUUUCCUGGUUCUAUGUUUCACCUUACAAAGAUCAAAGAAAACAAAAAAUAUCUGUUGCCAGAAGCCACCCACUCGACUCUAUUCAACACCAAUAUAAAUACUUAAACAUUCAUCAAGGCGCUUAACAGCAGACGGGAAAAGCUCAAUCCUUGUGGUGUCGUUUGCUUGAGCGUGUUUAGUAUUAUCGCGAUAGGCAAACACGGUUGCGCAGACGGCCUCUUUACGAAACGAUCAUUGUUAAUGUUCGACUUCUUAUCUUUUAUUUUAACAGCUGAACAGUUGUAUAAAGUCAGUGAGGUCGGAAAUCGCCCAGUAAUUGCCAAAUUUUGCGGAGAUCAAAUCAACGACGUUGUAACCGCGAGCUGUUCAUGGAGAAGGACACGCAGUAAGUGAAUGUCAAUUUUUUUAAAUUAACAAUACAUAAUUAGUUCAAGAUUUCUAUCGCGUUAUAACUGAUACGGGCGAAGUGAAACUUCUGUUUUUAUUUUAUUUUUAUAUACGUAUGUAUACAUACACAUAUUUUUUGUUUACAACCACAAAUUGUUCGGAUACUCGCUCUACUCACUAUAUGUCACAAAAUAGAUGGCGAGGGGGGCAGCCAGUCAGAUUGCAGCAUUUGUGAUAAAACACAAGUAGAAUAAAAUACUAACUUGUAGUAAUGCAACGACCGUGAAGCCCCAAAAUGGCUGCCACUCCUUCUCGGCCCAAAAACAUCAAUAUACCGAGAGUUUAAACACAUUUGUGGAUCACAGAGCUUCACAGAGUUAAAAUCAACAAUAUUUGAUGGUUGCCAAUCAGCCAUUCUUCAGCAUUUUCAGUGUCAGCAGACGCAGUCCUUCUACAAGUUGGGACAUCACUUACAAUUUAUUUAUAACAGCUAAGUAGAUAUUUAUUCCGCGACAGUAUUUCCGUUUAGCUAACUCUCGUAAUUUCUGAUGUCGUUAGGAUCAGCAAUAAUGGACGAAAACGAAGCUUUGAGCUUUCUUCAGUACCAACGGUCCCUAAGACAUGGAGGAAGACAAGCAAGAAGCGCCCAGACUGAUAUUGUGCAAGAGUGCUGUAUUGAGGGAUGUGCCAUGGAAGAAAUCUAUGAAUAUUGCUGACAAUAACUAACUUGACUGACUAUCCAGAAAAAUAAUAACUUAUUUAUAUGUUAUAUAUCGGUUGUAUAUUAUAUUUUAAGAUGUAUUUGUACAGUUAAGUCGUCGUUUAGGCGUGAAAUGACGAUAAACCAAAGAUAUUAAGAGUAAAGAUUAGAUUUGUAAAACUAAGAUUACAAGACAAUAAAAAGUAAGGUUACUG